UGUUAUGUAAUGUCAAAAUGAGAUUCAAAGGAGAAAUGUGGUCAUCAUUCGUUGUCUUUUCAUUAUUUUGGAUUUCAAUAUGUGGACAGUACCUACCAAAGAUAACGUACCUACACGUGGUGUCGGAGAUUGACUACCGCUUCUCUAAGACAAUAGUGACCAGUAAGAUGGUCAACCAGAAGCCGUUUGCGACGGAAGCUAAAUUUGAUAUCGAUUUACCAAAUGAAGCCUUUAUAACUGCUUUCAAACUAACAGUGAAUGGAAGGGACUACCACGGGGAUGUUAAAGAAAGAGAGAUUGCACGACGACAAUUCGAGGCCGCCAAGGCUCGUGGUGAAACCGCCGGACACAUCAUCUCCAGGCCACGGAAUACAAAUAGCUUCCAAGUCCAAGUGAAUGUAGAAGCGCUGGGGGAAGUGAAGUUUGAAUUAGUGUACCGAGAGCUUCUAAAAAGAACCAAAGGCUACUACAAUCAUAUCAUCUACCUGAACCCUGGGCAGCUGGUGGAGGAUUUCCUGAUCACUGUGAUGAUCACCGAGUCCCGUACAGUCACUUAUGUCAAGAUCCCACCGCUACAGAAGGGACUGCUGGCAGAGGGACCACUAGGUGAUAACGAAUUAGCGCAGGUUGAAUUCCUUUCUAAAACGCAAGUUUUGGUGACGUAUCAGCCGACGCUACAACAGCAGGCCGCUCUGUCAGACGGGGGCGUGUCAGGCCAGUUCAUCGUCCAGUAUGACGUAGAGAGGUUCAAUGACGCUGGUGAAAUAUUGGUCAUGGACGGAUGGAUAGUGCACUAUUUUGCCCCCGAGGGGUUACCUCCCAUUCCCAUGGAUAUCAUCUUGGUCUUUGACAAGAGUGGCUCAAUGUUAGGUCGCAAAAUGAGCCAACUGCAGGCUGCUUUGAUCAAAAUUUUGGACGACACAAAAGAUAUCGACAGAAUUAUGUUGCUUUCAUUUUCCCAUACUGUCCACUCGUGGAAUAGAGGCUUGGUGGCAGCUGACCGCAACAAUAAAGAGGCAGCAAAGCAGUACAUCAGAGAACAGAUGGCAUUUGGAGGAACGAACAUCAACCUUGGCAUCACAGAAGGACUGCGUGAACUUAAAACCUAUAACCACGGCGACCGACCCGCCCUCAUGAUUUUCCUCACUGACGGCAAAGCAACAUCAGGGGUAACAGACACGGACAGAAUUCUGCAAAAUAUCAUAAAUGCUAACACUUAUAAUAUCCCCAUAUUUGCUCUUGCUUUUGGAAGAGAGGCAGAUUACACAAUUUCUAAAAAGAUCGCGGCAAAGAAUUUUGGUUUUGCGCGCAAAAUUUUCGAAGAUGCCGAUGCAACACUGCAGAUUACAGGAUUUUAUGACGAGAUAUCCAGUUUACUCCUGGAAGAUGUCAACUUUAAAUACCUGGAUGGAGCGCUCUAUGACAGUACCGUCACCGACAGGCGCUUCAACAACUACUUCAAGGGCUCGGAACUCGUCGUCGCUGGAAGAGCAGACGAUAUCAACAGGCUGCAACAAGGAAUGAAAAUCUCGGCAACGGGAUACGGUCACCGCAACAUUUCUCUAAAUUAUCCCCCAAAUCAAUGCACCAUUCUCCCUUACAAAGACCAAGGAUUGCCCCCAGGGGAAAGACAUCCUGGAAUGAUGGAGAAACUCUGGGCUUAUUUAACUAUUAAACAGUUGCUGAAGAAGAUGGAUGCCACCGACAUUUAUCAAGAAAUAAAACAGAUAGAAACUGAGAUUCUACGUAUUUCAUUGAAGUAUCAAUUUGUAACCCCAUUAACAUCUAUGGUUGUAACAUUGCCUAACCAACAAAAAGUAGAGCCAUGCUCGUGCGGGGCGAUACCAAGAGCUGGUCAAGGUUUAACAAAUGGUCCCCUACCUUUGCCAGGUGCAGGUGACCCUUUCCGUCCUGGUCAGUCCAACCCGCCCUUUGAUCAUUCCGAUAUUGACAAACACCUCGGUUCCUUGCCAAUAGGUGGAAUACCUGGGUUAGGAUUACCAAAAGGAUUAUUUGCAAAAACAGUAGGAAAAACUGUGGUAUCAGACUCACCAAACACAGGAGCUAAUGGAGGUAAUGUAGCUAGUGAUGUCAAUGCUCCAGUCGCACCCCCAGUCGCACCCCCCGUCAGCCCUUCUCUGUCAGCCACCUCAACCACCCCUCAGUUUGUGAUCACGGUGACCGGGCUGAGUGAUCCUUUGUGCUUCAAUUUGCCACUAACCUCUGGAAAAGAGUACAAGUUAUUAGAUGCUGCAAGGGGUUCCUCUGGUUAUGUAUUGGAUGCAACCAUUGGCAAAAGUUUAAUUGAAAAACUGUCGGUUAUCCGAAAGAUAAGGCGUUUUUCGGUGCCUUCAACUGUGACCAAAUCAAAUGUCGAAGAUACAGAAGUAUACUCAUACAAUGAGAUGGUCAGCGGGAUGAUUAUUAAGGUGAUCAGCAAAGCAGACGGACUGAUGAUUGUCAUUGAAGUGAAGAAUAACAGAGGAAACCCAUCUGGAAUACUUGGAAUACUGAGAGAUUUGCAAGCAACAGUUACAGCUAAAUCUGGAAACCGAUCUAGGCUAUCGAUCACCAGUGGCUCUCAGCAGAUUGCGGCCACAGCAACCGAGGCCACAUAUACCGCCAACAACAAGUGCUUGUUUAUAAAAGAGACAGAUAUUGCUAAUCUUCAAAUCGACGGCGUUACAAAGACUCCGACGAUUUAUUUUUUGCAUGUGAAUUCCGAGAUAAAGUAUCGCUUCUCAAAGACAGUGAUAACAAGUAAAGUAGUGAACCCCUCCAGCGAGGCGUCCUCCGAGGCUCUGUUUGACGUCACGCUGCCAGACGAAGCCUUUCUCUCAGCCUUCAAACUAAUAAUAAAUGGAACCGAAUACAAUGGCGAAGUCAAGGAAAAAGAGCAAGCAAAGAAGGAAUAUGACGUGGCAAAAUCGCGCGGCCAAAGCGCAGGGCACAUUGUGUCAAAGCCAAGGGACUCGAAUAAAUUUCAAAUCCAGGUGAAUGUUGCAGCCACCGAAAAAGUGACAUUUGAGUUGACUUACCGGGAACUGUUACGGCGACGGAUCGGAAACUACGAGCAGAUAAUCUUCAUCAAUCCUCGACAAAUAGUGAACGAUUUCAGGGUAGAUGUCUCCAUCGAGGAAUAUAGAAAUAUCACAACUGUCAAUGUACCGCCAUUACGUAACGAUAUUCUGACAGAAAACAGGGAAGGAGAAAACAGAGACGCCGAUAUUGUUCGCCUCUCAGAGACCGAAGUGAGCGUUUCCUACUCUCUCACAGCCUCUCAACAGCGGGCUCUAUCUGAACAAGGCGUUUCCGGCCAGUUCGUCGUACAGUACGACAUCGAGAGAGAGAAAGAUUCCGGGGAAGUUUUGGUGAUGGACGGUUAUUUUGUCCAUUUUCUGGCACCAGAAGGUUUGGAUCCGAUGCCAAUGGACAUAGUCUUUGUUUUAGACCGAAGUGGAUCUAUGAGUGGAAACAAGAUGAAACAGCUCCACGAAUCCAUGCUAAAGAUAUUAGAUGAAAUCAGCGAACAAGAUCGGUUCAUGUUAAUUUCUUUUGAUAACCAACUGAAUUUCUGGCGUAACGAACUUGUUCAAGCAACAAGUAGUGCCAUUGCAGACGCCAGGCGAUUCAUUACCAGUAUUUCUGCCCGCGGAAGUACUGAUAUCAAUUCAGCAAUGACGGAGGGGUUGAAAGUAUUGGCCAGUGAGAGAAACAAUUCACGGGCACCUAUUUUAGUUUUCCUCACGGACGGACAACCCACUUCAGGGGUCACAAACACUGUCAAAAUUCUAGAGAACAUUAAACUAUUCAACGAAGUUCAGAUUCCUAUUUUCAGUCUGGCCUUUGGAAAAGGGGCCGAUUACGACUUCACUAAAAAAGUCGCAGCUCAAAACAAUGGACUUGGCAAAAGGAUCUACGAGGAUUCCGACGCGGCGCUACAAAUAGCUGGGUUCUACCAGGAAAUCUCCACGGUCCUCAUGAGGAAUAUAUCUUUUAAAUACGUCGACGGUUCUCUUAAUAAGACGACCCUUACUCGGAAUAAUUUCAAUACGUACUUCAAAGGAUCAGAGCUUAUUGUUGCUGGACAAAUACAAGACAUAGAAAGAUUACAAGAUGGAGUACAAGUAUUUGCAAAAGGAUAUGAAAACGUUGAUAUUGGACUUAAGAGACCAUGGAUUUGCGUUUUACCGCCUCCCAUUACACUUCCACCAGUUCCAGCAAUUCAUUCAGAGCCAUCCAAAUCAGUGAAGCCAACGAUGAUGGAAAACUUGUGGGCAUACCUUACAAUCAAACAACUAUUGCGUAAAAAGGAUGGCAUUGAUGACAAGGAAGAAAUAGAAAACAUUAACAAGAAAAUAUUGGCGAUGUCUCUAAAGUACCAAUUUGUUACCCCGUUGACGUCAAUGGUUGUGACCCUCCCCGACAAUUCAAAAGCUGGUCUAAGCAGUGAUACGGUAGAAAAGCCAAUAGCAGCAGAUUCCAUGGGUGUGUUCUUUGCGAAUAAACAGAAGAUGAAUAUAAAUUCGAAUACCUUCGCUUACCAAGGAAUGCAUGCAUAUGGUAUGCCCCAAUUAUUUCAUAGUGGUCAUGCCAGUAUUCCAUUCAUGAAACGCAUUGGGGUGUCUUUAUUGCCGAAAAAGAAAUCUAGAGGCAAAGUUAGAAGAAAAUCUCGAAGAAAGAGCUCUAAAAAACCCAAAUCUCCAAACAUUCAAGGGACUCGGCAGCACCUCCCUGCAUUUUUUGUUAAUGUAUCCUCAGUAAACAUGUGUUUCGACUUACCAUUGAUAGAGUCGAAGAGGUAUAGCAUUAUAAACAUGGUGCAGCAAAAAAAUGGUUGCUCUGUGUCCGCGGAACCAUUAGGCCUACAGACCUGGACGCCAAAGAUUACCAUUCCUAGCCUUAGAGUAAACAAAUUUAGAGGGAGUAAACUGCAGGAAACAGUCGUCAUCAGUUCAAAUCAAACCGUUCCACAGGUCGACUGCCUCGCGGACGGAAUCCGCCUCGGCAUCUUAUCCGAUCAAGGUGUCCGUGUGACGGCUGAUAUAUCCGGUCGUCAGAGGAAACAGUAUACUGGAAUUCUGAGUCGCUUUGUCAACAUGAAGUGCAAGGUUGUCAGAAGAACACCAAGAAAUGGAAAACAAGUUGUAAAAAUCAAGUGCCGACAGCGAAAUAAGCCAACCUUAAAGCUGAAGGCCAUUGAAAGAACGGCUUCAUCUGGAGAAUCCUGCUUAUUUCUGAACAAAAAAAUGACGAAUCUUCUGAACUUAAUCCCAUCAAAUUACGAAAUCAUUCCGUGACGUCACAAGAAAGUCAUCUACAUUGACCUUUAAGGGGGCAGUGAAGAAUUCCGAUUUCAAAUGUACAUAUAUUUCGUUUGAACAAAUUAAACAUUUUGUAAAUAGCAUCAAUGUUAAUAUUUUACAGUCAUAUAAUUGAUGAUAUGAUUUUUUUAAUUUACUUUUUCUUCUCAAUUUGUUGAAUGAUUAGCGAAUAACAUAUGUUUUAAGAGAGAUGGAUCUUACAAAAAAUUGUUCCUUUAUAAUUUCACGGUCAUUGAGCAGUUCAAGCUAUAUUUUGGACUUUUAAUACAUUUCUAUUUUAAAGAUGUGACAAAAAUGGGGAAACAUGAAAUCAUUAAGAAAGUAAUUGUUUCCUACAUAACGGGGGAUCACUAAUACAUCAACUUUGAUGUAUUAGUCUUUCAAAUAUAAGUCUUUCAAACAGAUUAAAAAGAAAGGCAGCGAAAUAUAUUUUUUCUUUUCAUAAGAUUACAUGAAUAAGAACAUAUGUAAGAUUUUUUUUUAACUGGAAGGAUUUCAAAUCAUUAAUAUUUAUGAGAUACAAUGUCACAUAUUUUUUUUCCAUUUAAAAAAAAAUUGUUCUCACAGUAAACAUUUACAAUAUUUUGUCAUGUUUAUUCUUUAUGCUAUAAUAGAAUUUCAAAAACUGUGACACUCUUGCAUAUAACUAAAUGUUUAAAAUACGCUAUAAAUAAAACCAAAAGAUUUCCUGAAUAAAAAAAAAGAUUAGCCUGUG